AUGUCUGCCAAGGAGGACAAGUCUCUGCAAAGGUUCGAGCUGACUUCAAGGUCGUCAUCGUCUGUAACGGGGACGGAAACGACAUCUAGCGGAAGGCCCAUGCACGAGGCCGAUACCAACAGGCCAAACGUUGAGAACAAUCGUGGAGAGCUUGCGGCUACGGGUUGCAGAGUUGACCAGACGUACAUGUUGAGGAGAGUGGAGAAAGAAAAUGACAACAUUGCAGAGAGUGAGGAUGUGAGGCAAGAUAUGGAGCGAUUUGUUGGUAUGCAGGUUUUGCAAACUCUGUGCUCUGAAGACGAAGUGAUUUUGGUUGCUAUCAGUCAGAAGAACAUAAGAGGAGCAAGAAAGCAGAGGAAAUCGCGUCCUCCUCCGCAAGGCUGGGACAUUUCACCAGUGAGGAAGCGAGUCGCAAAGGACCACAAGAACGGGCUGAAGGAGGUUUGGGUAGAAGGGACAGACUUUAUCAGAUUGAAGAGUGAACAACAAGCUCUAGAGCUUGAGUUUGCAAAGAUCGACAGAAAGAUCGACAUGCUGCACUCGGAGGAAAUUCUGAAGGAGCAGAUCAAGAAGUUGCAGUCAAAGAGGCAAGAGAUUCAUUCUUGUGAUUGCUCCAAAUCGGAACUAGACAGGCAGUGCAGAGUGAGGCUCUUCGACGUGUUUGAGAUCGACAAGAACUCUUUCUGCACAGUGCUGGAGAUGUGCCACGGAGACCUCGAGACUCAUCUGAACAGAUGCGGGCCGCUCUGUGAAGAAGAAUGUCGGACAAUCAUGAGACAGGUUCUGUCUGGUCUUGCUUACCUUGACAGUCUCAAGUAA